AUGUUUCCGCCCCAACAAGGCGUCACUCUCGACAUCCAAGCUCUCUCCGGCAUCUGUGGCUCCAUCUCCAUCGCCUGCUGGGUCGUCGUCUUCUCGCCUCAAAUCAUCGAAAACUUCCGCCGCGGGUCGGCCGAGGGCCUGUCGAUCGUCUUCAUCGUCGUCUGGCUGGCCGGCGAUGUCUUCAAUAUCCUCGGCGCCGUCCUGCAGGGCGUGCUGCCCACCAUGAUCAUCCUCGCCGUCUACUACACCCUGGCCGACAUCGUCCUACUGGGCCAGUGCUUCUAUUACCGCGGCUUCACCCUCACCGACUACGUGAAACCUGCGCAUCACGCUCAAAAUGGGGACGCCGAGACACGCCCGCUGCUGCACAGUGGUUCCGUGACCCAGCCUCCGUCGCGCGACGAGCAUGAGCGGUCGUCGUCCAUCUCGCAUCUCCGACGCCAUUUGUCCGUCGAAGCCGCCCAUCUGUCCCCCGUCACGCCGCUCAUUGACCCACCGAAGCCGACUGAUCCCCCGGCUGCCAGGAACUUGCGACCAACCAGCGCGUGGCAGGCGGUGGUGCUCAACACCUUUGCCAUCCUGCUCGUCUGUGCCGCUGGGGUGUUUGGCUGGUGGAUCGGGGCGCAAAAGCACCACCACCACCACAAAGACGAGUCACCGCCGUCGGAGCCCUUGGAGUUUGAUGUUCUGGGCCAGAUCUUUGGUUAUCUCUGCGCCGUGCUCUAUCUGGGCUCCCGGGUGCCGCAACUCCUGCUCAACUACAAGCGCAAGAGCACUGAGGGCGUGUCUCUGCUUUUCUUUCUCUUUGCGUGCAUCGGCAAUUUGACUUACGAUAUGUCCAUCUUUGCCUAUUCACCCGUCUGCGCGCAGCCCGAUCAUUGUCGGCCGGGGGAAGCGAAGGCCAUUUAUUUGAGAUAUAUCGCUGUGAACGCGAGCUGGAUCGCGGGGAGCUUGGGUACGCUGUUGUUGGAUAUGGCCAUCUUUGUACAGUUUUUCAUGUACCAGAAGGACGAAGACGAGGAUGACGCCGAGUCUGCCGUUGUGGACUAG